AGAGGAGAGCGCUUCUCGCGAGUGUUGGACUUUUGGUGAGAGUUUGUGGAAGAUGGCGCCUGUUGUGACAGGGAAGUUCGGGGAGCGCCCUCAACCACAGCGCCUGACAAGAGAAGCGAUGCGAAACUAUCUAAAGGAGCGAGGAGACCAGACUGUUCUGAUCCUGCAUGCUAAAGUUGCACAGAAAUCCUACGGCAAUGAAAAAAGGUUUUUUUGUCCUCCACCAUGUGUAUAUCUUAUGGGCUGCGGCUGGAAGAAGAAGAGGGAGCAAAUGGAGAGAGACGGCUGCUCAGAGCAGGAGUCUCAGCCAUGUGCCUUUAUCGGGAUCGGGAACAGCGACCUGGAAAUGCAGCAACUCAACCUUGAGGGAAAGAACUACUGCACAGCCAAAACAUUGUACAUCUCUGACACGGACAAGCGCAAGCAUUUCAUGCUGACGGUGCGCAUGCUGUACGGCAACAGCGCCAACAUCGGUGUCUUCCUCAGCAAGCGCAUCAAGGUCAUCUCCAAACCUUCCAAAAAGAAACAGUCCCUCAAGAAUGCUGACUUGUGUAUAGCGUCUGGAACAAAAGUGGCACUGUUUAACAGACUGCGCUCACAGACGGUCAGCACGCGUUACCUCCAUGUGGAGGGUGGCAACUUCCAUGCCAGCUCACAACAGUGGGGAGCCUUCUAUAUCCACCUUUUGGAUGAUGAAGAGUCGGAGGGAGAGGAGUUUACUGUGCGGGAUGGUUACGUUCACUACGGCCAAACAGUCAAACUGGUCUGUUCUGUCACAGGGAUGGCUCUUCCUCGACUGAUCAUCCGGAAGGUGGAUAAGCAGACGGCUUUGCUGGAUGCAGACGAUCCCGUGUCUCAGCUGCAUAAAUGUGCUUUCUACCUAAAGGAUACGGAGAGGAUGUACCUGUGCCUUUCUCAAGAGAGGAUCAUCCAGUUUCAAGCCACUCCAUGCCCAAAAGAACCAAAUAAAGAGAUGGUAAACGAUGGUGCCUCCUGGACAAUCAUCAGCACAGACAAAGCAGAAUACACUUUCUAUGAGGGAAUGGGACCUGUCCACUCAUCUGUCACACCUGUGCCUGUGGUUGAGAGUUUACAGCUGAAUGGUGGAGGGGAUGUAGCAAUGCUGGAACUAACAGGACAGAACUUUGCUCCAAACCUGCGUGUGUGGUUUGGGGACGUUGAAGCUGAGACCAUGUACAGGUGUGGAGAGAGCAUGCUAUGCGUAGUACCUGAUAUUUCAGCGUUCCGUGAGGGUUGGAGGUGGGUGAGGCAGCCGGUACAGGUUCCCGUAACGCUGGUGCGGAACGACGGUAUCAUCUACUCCACCACACUGACGUUCACAUACACGCCAGAGCCAGGCCCGAGGCCUCACUGCAGCGCUGCCGGAGCCAUCCUGCGCUCUGCGAACAGCGCCAACACUGACUCGGUCACGGAAAACUCCUCCAACACCACUGUGGUCUCCUAACACACACGGGAACACUCAAGAACUGCA